GUUUAGUAUGAUUUUAGUGCGCAACGUUGACGGACGCGCCACGCGACUCAGUUUUUGUUAACGACAGCGACAGCAACAGCACAACGCAUACGACAACUACGCGCGCUCAUCGGUUACGUGUGUUAAAGUGUUUAUCGUUUUUGGUGGUUAGUGAGAGUGUUAAACAUAUCGCUACUUGGAUUCAAUUUUAUAUGCCUUCGCCAUAAGUGUGGCCGUAUCAUGCCAAAGUAUUUACCAUUGCCCGCCUGAAACUAUGCAACUCGCAAUUUCCCAAAUCGCGGGCGACGUCAACGGGAGGCUGCUGCAGCGCCCCUGCUGUUAUGCAAUGGAAAAUUUAUUUUCCCACUCAGCCAAGGGCUGAACAAAUUGUUUCGCGUAAAUAUUUAACAGUCGCAAUGAAUUGCAUUCCCGGCAAUUGAAAGUAAAAGCCCAGCUAAAGAAUACAUUCGUAUAGAUAAAGAGCAAACAAAUAAACAAACUAUGCAAGUGCCGGCCAACGCAUAAACAUUGACAAAAGCAAAACACAACGACAAAGCAGAAACGAGAUACAGCACGAGAAAUACAGCAAAAAAGCGUAAAAAUAAAAAAUACAAAAUAAAAAAAAAGUACUUUACAAAAACGCAUAAACAAAUAAAAAUGAAAAUUAAAAUAUUUCCGCUGACAGCGGAUGCAACUUUGGCGCUGCGACGGCGUCGCGUAAUGAAACUGCAGCGGAAACAUAAAAUGCCGGAAAUAUGCUCAUGGCUAAUUGUUGCCGCUGCCGCCGCUUCGGUCACUUGGCUGACUCUCUGCCGGUCCCUCGUCGCCGCACAAGAUGAUGACGACAGCGAAAUGCAUCAGCAUCACAUGGAUCUGCUUCACCAUCAGCAACAGCACACGGAUUUCAUUAUUGGCGAAUCGGAGGAGCACGAUCACAUAGCGCAUCACCUAGCGGAAAUGCAAAAUCACGAAGAGCUGCUGGAGGACAUACGCGAGGAUACGGCCGUCAAUGCGAUACCAGACAAAGAUUUACCCAAAUUCGGCGAACUCCUGCAGAAUGUCACGAUUCCCGUGGGACGAGAGGCUGUGCUUCAGUGUGUUGUGGACAAUCUGCAAACGUAUAAGAUUGCGUGGCUACGUGUCGAUACACAGACCAUUUUAACGAUACAAAAUCACGUCAUAACCAAAAAUCAUCGUAUGAGCAUUACUCACGCCGAGAAACGUGCUUGGAUAUUGCGUAUACGUGAUGUCAAGGAAUCGGACAAGGGCUGGUACAUGUGCCAAAUAAACACGGAUCCUAUGAAGAGCCAAGUCGGUUAUCUGGAUGUUGUCGUGCCACCAGACAUUCUGGACUAUCCGACCAGCACGGACAUGGUCAUACGAGAGGGUUCAAACGUAACCCUAAAAUGUGCAGCAACCGGUUCUCCAACGCCAACGAUAACCUGGCGACGCGAAGGUGGCGAACUGAUACCACUACCCAAUGGCGCCGAGGCCAUCGCGUACAACGGCUCGUUUCUGACCAUUGCCAAAGUGAAUCGCUUGAAUAUGGGCGCCUAUCUCUGCAUUGCCUCAAAUGGCAUCCCGCCAACAGUCAGCAAGCGUGUCAUGCUCAUUGUGCAUUUUCCGCCAAUGAUUUGGAUACAAAAUCAAUUAGUUGGUGCCGCACUUGCACAGAACAUUUCCCUGGAAUGCCAAUCAGAGGCGUUUCCCAAGUCCAUUAAUUACUGGAUGAAGAAUGAUACGAUUAUAGUGCCUGGUGAACGCUUUGUGCCCGAAACCUUUGAAUCUGGCUAUAAAAUAACAAUGCGCCUGACCAUCUACGACGUUGACAUUUCGGACUUUGGGGCGUAUCGUUGUGUGGCCAAGAACUCGCUGGGCGACACAGAUGGUGCGAUCAAAUUGUAUCAUAUUCCACAAACAACAACAAUAACUACCAUGGCGCCAACAGUAUCAAUCAAUACAGUGCCCGUAGUAAUUCUCAAAUAUAAUAAAGAGCAACGUUACAGCAGCAACAGCAACUCGAAUAGCAAUAAUCCAUACAACUACAAUAAUCAGCAAAAUAAUAAUAAAGCACAACGCCCAAAAUCAAAGACAAUUGAUCAGCCGCCGUCGUCGUUGAAUACUGUUUAUAUGGGCGCCACAUCGAGCUUAUGGAACUCACAGGAUCAUCACUCGCAGGCCACAGGACGUGGCAGAGAUCAUCAGCAGCAACAGCAGCAGCACUUGCAGCCUCAGCACCACGCGCCCGAUCACAGCGCCACCUAUCGGCCAGAUGGCAGGAACACAGCCCUGAAGCAUGAUGCCAAAUCGCUAACCGAUGAAAUGGAUCGCAUGCAGGACCUCAAAAGCAAAGCGAUGACUCCGAUAUCAUUUUCCCCCCUGCUCAUGGCCUCUGCAGUGACCCUGAGCCUCGUGUAUUUGGGGACGUGGCCGGUCUAAUUGCAUACAGAAUAACUUUGUGUAAAAUGUACAAAUUAAACUGCAAGAGGAAUGAAGCAAAAUGAUAGUUCUAUUAAACCUAUAGAUAUAGCCUGUAAGCAAUAAUUUCACACAUCGAGUUGGCCACACAAAAAGGAAAAGAGAUGUUAGUUUGUAAUUAAAAUUGACAUAUGUGUAUAAAGUUGUUGUUGCUAAGGGUCACUUAGUGCGUAAGUUGAAAAGGGUUUUUUUCGGAUUCUAUCCACAUAUAAACUCACACACAUACACUCCCAUAAAUAAGUUCUGAAAGAUACGGAAAUACAAAGUAUUAGCAUGUAAAAUGAAAGCAAAAACCCGAAUGCAAAGGAAAUGGAAAAAUCUCUUUAAACCUGUGAUUGCCAACAGUUUGUAUAUGGAAAAGAUAUUAGCAAAUUAACUACACCUCUACUUUUAAAUAA